GCCAAUCCCCUCGCCGGGCACCUUGGACUGGAACCUGAGACGGAUUCGCCCCCAAUGAUGCUCCAGUUGCAGGAGCAAAGCAAGUUUAUCAUUGUCCCGAGAAAGAGGAGCAGUGCGGUUCUUGCCCGUUUCAGCAGAACGACUGUCCUUCCGCUGCACAAGCCCGCGCUCCGGUUGUGAUUUUCCUGGGGGACGUGGAGACCCGCGCGCCUUGCCCUGCACAGCAAGCCACACCUCUGGGAGCCGUUUUUGCUGCUGCGAUCGGCCAACGUGCCCUUACCCAAACCACAGCUCGUUCUGUCCGUCUUCGAUACCUCAUUUAUUCGUGGAUUAUUUGAUAGUCCAUCUCGUAAAUGUUUAGCAUUUUGCUGCUAUACUGCUUCUUUCUGGGGACAGUUCCAGCAUUUGCUGAGACCGGCGGAGAGAGGCGACUGAGCCCAGAGAAGAGUGAAGUAUGGGGACCAGGACUAAAAGCAGCUGUUGUUCUUCCUGCGCGCUAUUUCUAUAUCCAGGCGGUGGAUGCAUCCGGAAAUAAGUUCACAUCUUCUCCAGGUGAAAAGAUAUUCCAGAUUAAAAUCUCGGCACCAGAUGAGCAAUUCACUAGAGUUGGCGUCCAGGUUUUAGACCGCAAGGAUGGGUCCUUCAUAGUCAGAUACAGAAUGUAUGCAAGCUAUAAGAAUCUGAAGGUUGAAGUUAAAUUCCAAGGUCAACAUGUGGCCAAAUCCCCAUAUAUUUUAAAAGGGCCGGUUUACCACGAGAAUUGUGACUGUCCUUUGGAAGAUAGUGCAGCCUGGCUACAGGAAAUGAACUGCCCAGAAACCAUCGCUCAGAUUCAGAGAGAUCUGGUGCAUUUCCCUACUGUUGAUCCAGAAAAGAUUGCAGAAGAAAUCCCAAAGAGAUUUGGACAAAGGCAGAGCUUGUGUCACUAUACCGUGAAGGAUAACAAGGUUUAUAUCAAGACUCAUGGUGAACAUGUAGGUUUUAGAAUUUUCAUGGAUGCCAUACUACUUUCUUUGACUAGAAAAGUGAGGAUGCCUGAUGUGGAGUUUUUUGUUAAUUUGGGAGAUUGGCCUUUGGAAAAAAAGAAAUCCAGUCCACACAUUCAUCCGAUCUUUUCCUGGUGUGGCUCCACAGACUCCAAGGAUAUCGUGAUGCCGACCUACGACCUGACGGACUCUGUUCUGGAAACCAUGGGCCGAGUAAGUCUGGAUAUGAUGUCUGUGCAAGCUAACACGGGUCCUCCCUGGGAAAGCAAAAACUCCACAGCUGUCUGGAGAGGCCGAGACAGCCGAAAAGAGAGACUUGAGCUGGUUAAACUCAGCAGAAAACACCCAGAGCUCAUAGAUGCUGCCUUCACCAACUUUUUCUUCUUUAAACACGAUGAAAGCCUCUAUGGUCCCAUUGUGAAACACAUUUCAUUUUUUGAUUUCUUCAAGCACAAGUAUCAAAUAAACGUUGAUGGCACUGUCGCAGCAUAUCGCCUGCCAUAUCUUCUAGUCGGCGACAGUGUUGUGCUGAAGCAAGACUCCAUCUACUAUGAACACUUUUACAAUGAGCUGCAGCCCUGGAGACAUUACAUUCCUGUUAAAAGCAACCUGAGCGAUCUUUUAGAAAAACUUAACUGGGCAAAAGAUCACGAUGAAGAGGCAAAGAAGAUAGCAAAAACAGGACAAGAAUUUGCAAGAAAUAAUCUCAUGGGUGAUGACAUAUUCUGUUAUUACUUUAAACUUUUCCAGGAAUAUGCCAAUUUACAAGUGAGUGAGCCCCAAAUCCGAGAGGGCAUGAAGAGGGUAGAACCACAGACCGAGGAUGACCUCUUUCCUUGCACAUGCCACAGGAAAAAGGUAACCAGAACUAGCCAAUACCAAAGAUGAACUCUGAUAUGCAGAAUACCUUCCCUUCAAAUAAUGGUGCUCUGAAGACUCUUCUUAACUGAAAAGAAGAAUGUUUUUUUAAAAUAUUAAUUCUAUGGACAAUAUAAAAUAUGCUAUGUGAUUGUCUGGGUCAUGAAGAUGUAUUUCUUCUUAUUAUGCAGUAUUCCCAUGACUGUCUUUUAAAGCACAUUUUUAGAAUUUUUUA